CUUCUGUUAUCCAAUCCGGUUGUGUUAAGCCAAGCUCAUCUCCAUAUCCGUGUAACAAAUUAUCUUUUACAACGUGUCUACUUGACUCCACAGAAGAAGCACUGUAGCUUACAAAGUACUGCUGAGUCGUGGCUUGUUACACUGUUUGCAAUUAUUAAAAUCAGAGGGCCACAUUUGCUACAAUUGUUGAACCAGUGCGGGGAGGAUCUCUUGGAAUGGAUGGUUAAGUUCUGGGGGCUUCCCAACAUGUACCCUGGGACUUUCCCCAAUGCAGUGGCAUUACUAUUGAAGUGACAUUUCAUAGGGACCCUAAGAUAAGGGUAGUCUAUAGUCCCUAUUGAUUAAGUUACCGAACAUUAACGGUCGAACAGUGUCAAAAUGAACUACCUCAAUUUACCAACGUGUCAAUGCGCCAAGCGUUGCAGCGGUACUGGACUUGCAUAUAGGAUCCAAUCCCCAUCCGUCGCAGUUUUUUUUUAUGAGAUGAGGUAGGCAUAUCUCACUAUUACGUAGACUCUCUAUUUGGUUAAACAUUGUGCAUGGUGACAAACCAGGCGUGGGCAUCCUCUCAAAUUCUGCAUGGAUCUCAUCAUGCAAGUGAGAAGCCUGCCUCACUAAUGCCAGGUGCAGGCCAUUGUUGGGAGCACUCGAAGCACUCAGGAUGAGUGGGGCUGUAGAGCAAACAGACAUCCUGUCAGUGGCAGACGUGGUCCGGGAGAGAUGGAGGGUGGUGAAGAAGAUUGGGGGAGGAGGGUUUGGGGAGAUCUACGAGGUUCUGGAUCAGCUGAACCAAACCAACGUGGCCUUGAAGGUGGAGUCUGCUCAGCAGCCCAAGCAGGUCUUGAAGAUGGAGGUGGCCGUGCUCAAAAAGCUUCAAGGCAAAGAUCAUGUGUGCCGCUUUGUUGGUUGUGGACGCAAUGACCAAUUCAACUAUGUGGUAAUGGAACUCCAGGGGCGGAAUUUAGCAGACCUGCGCCGAACCAUGACCCGUGGUACCUUCUCAGUCUCCACCACACUGCGACUGGGCUGGCAGAUGCUGGAGGCCAUCGAAAGCAUCCAUUCAGUGGGUUUCCUACAUCGUGACAUAAAACCGUCAAACUUUGCUAUGGGACGACUGGCCAGCACAUGCAGAUGCUGCUACAUGCUUGACUUUGGCCUGGCUCGUCAAUUUACCAACUCCUGUCAGGAAGUCCGUCCUCCUCGUCCUGUGGCAGGGUUCAGAGGAACCGUGCGCUAUGCCUCGGUCAAUGCACAUAAAAAUAAGGAGAUGGGCCGCCAUGAUGACCUCUGGUCUCUCUUCUACAUGCUGGUGGAGUUCAUGGUGGGACAGCUACCAUGGAGGAAGGUCAAAGACAAGGAGCAAGUGGGUAAUCUAAAGGAGACCUAUGACCAUCGCCUCAUGCUGAAACAUCUCCCGUCAGAGUUUAGCAUCUUCCUCGAUCAUAUCCUGACCCUGGAUUACUUCACCAAGCCAGACUAUCAGCUUUUGAUGUCCUUGUUUGAGAAUGCUAUGAAAAGCCACAGCGUGUUGGAGAAUGACCCCUAUGACUGGGAGAAAGGUGAUACUGAGGAUAUACUGACCAUUACUGCCUCAGUCACCACGGCCCAGCAACUCACCCGCCUCACACCAGCAUACCUGGGCAUGGCCAAUGCGUCUGUGCUCCCUGGGGAGCUGCAGAGGGAGAACACAGAGGACGUCCUGCAGGGUGAGCGGCUCAGCGACGCAGACAACUGCCCCCCCAUCCCCGCCCAGAACACCCAGGGGGUAGACGUGUGGGAGGAGAUGGACCGCAACCGCAACCACAAUCAGACCCAACCUAUCGCCAGAAAGGGUGUGAGUGAAGAUGAGCACAGUCAGAACCAGGGGAACCAGAGCCCCAACACAGGCUCCAUCCAGAGCUCUCCUCGCCGGGUGCGCUCUGAGACCAUGUUCCUGGACCGGGCAGCCCCGCUCCUCAGGAGGAUGAGGCACAGCCAGAGCCUGGCGUUUGAGAAGAGGCUGGCCCCCGAGCCCAAACCCACCAUCGAACGCUUCUUGGAGGCCUAUCUUGGUAAGCAGCGACUGAGGCUGUCCCAGGAGAGAGAGAAGUCCAUCCCUGAGAGGACUGUAGGGGAGCAAGCAACCUUCUGUAAUGAGGACCGUCCAGUGGCAGGGACCCCCGCUCUGGAGGAGGAUGUGGGCCCCGUACCCCUGGAGGGAGACUCCCAGGAGUGGGUGAUGCUGGAGCUGGAGCAGAAGCCCCAAGGAGAAGCCCUGGGAGAGGACCCGCCUUGCCUCCCGGAGGCAGCUCCUUGCAGCCCCGUCCUGUCCCACAUGGCCAUGCCCUGCACCUGGUUGCUGGGCCACCGCAGGCUGCCAGGCAUGCUGGGACAGAUGCCCUCCGUCCUCCCUCGAGGACGAGCCCAGCUGGAGCAGUCUCCACACACUCAUCUUCCCCAGUCCCCAGUACAGGAAAAGAGCGCUGCCAUACCUCUGGAGGCCCCAUUCAUGGAAGCAGCCCCAGCAGAAGGACCAGGGGAGGGAGAGGUGGUGGUGCCAGCCCCUAGCCCAGUGCCAAGCCUGGCCACAACCACCCCAGCUCACCUGCCCACAGACCAAGAGAGUGACUCGGGCCUACCCGACCGCUCCUCCGAGCCCAACCAGCACCCCAGGGCCAAGCCAUCUGGAGAGGCUGCCUCCCCUCCUCCCCCCCUGCUCAGGUGCAGGGACUCCCCUGCCUCCCCGAGGUCGAGCCGUAUCCCGGUACGGGACGCCCACGCCCCCCCUGACCCCCUCGCCCGGGAGCUCACAGCCGAGAAGCGCCAUCGCUGGAGCAGCCCCCUCCCUGGCUCUCCUACCCACUCCCCCUCGCCGUCCCUGUCGUGUGACAACCUGCCCUGCGCCCUGCCCCGGGACCGGCUCUCCUGCUCCGACUGGCUGGGAGAGGAGCCCCUGUCCUUCUCCUCCUCCUCCGGCAGCAGGAGCAAGAUCCCGCGCCCCGUCAGUUCUCCCCUUGCUCCAGAGCUGGCGGGCCGCUUCCUGCCUCACCCCCCUCCUGGGAAACCUCCCACCCGGCCAGCUGUAGACACCAGGCGUCGCCGGUUCCGGGUUCGUGCCAGCAGCACCAGCGAUGCAGACUUCCUGGCUAGCCUAACCCAGCUGAUGCAGGAGCGGGCCGUGUUCAGCCCUCCGCCUCGCCCCCGCAGCUCCUUCAAUGCCCUGCAGCGAUCCCUCAGCUCCUCCCCCUCCCGCCAGGAGCUCCACCAGGGAGGGGCCUUCCCGGGGCGGAGCCACUCCCCCUCUAGCCUCUCAGGGUCCCCCCCUCCCAGGGGCUUGUGGGGGGCCGCACUGGGUCACCGAGGGGGGGGGGGCAGCCACGAGGGGAAGGGCUCUGGCAAAGUGAGCCGAUGACUGGAUAGAUGGAGGGGGGGUUGUAGUACAGCAACUAACAUGAUGCUGUAUCUUGUCCAUGUAUGUACAGAAGGCCGUUUCUGGCCCAGCCUCAUGGAAGCAUGUGUAAAUACCUUAUCUACUCAAGGGAAUGUACUGUAUGAAUUGUAAAAUGUAUGAUAAAAAAAUUAUUUAUUUAUUUAUUUGAUGGAUGUUUCUCAAAAGUACUUGACAAUGUGGCUUGAUUCAAGGAAUGACUCAAACCUGCAAAUUGCCAACUCUUCUUUAUCCCUGUUAUCUUAACACUACAUACUGUAAGACCAAAAAGAUCUGUACUCUACAAUAUUUGAGGGAUGUAAAAAAAAUAUUAUAACAACUGCUGCGGUGUAGAUAUGUAUCAUUAGAACUAAAGAAAAACUGUAGAAGGAGAACUGAAGGGCAAGUAAGUUGCAUUCCAUAUGAACUUCACUAUACAAACAUCAGCAUUAUUAUUAAGGAUCAGGGCAUGUAGUCUAAUCUAAACUUAAUUAGUUUACGCAGAAACUAGUAGGUAGAAUGUAAUGUAUUAUUCUGACGUAUCUAGAAAUAUAUCACACAUUCUAGCGUAUUAGCAAUGUAUUUGUAUGGUUUUAUUUGCUAGCAAAAGAUAAGUCAUCAAAACACUCGUGCUGAAGUGUAAGUGCAUGGAUAUCAUUGCAAAUGACUUUGAUUUUGUUUUUAAAAAAAAAUAUCAUUUGUACAGUGUUGGCUUUAUCUGUGUAUUUUUUAUCAACUGGUCCAUAUCAAAUAUAUUAUCAUGCAGACCAGCGAACGAUGAGUCUUUUUCUAAUCAUCUUAUGAAAUUCUUAUGACAUUCAGAAUACACUAUGUUUAAAUGUAUUAAAUCCUCUAGAAAAAGUUCUGGCCCUAACAUACAUAACAUGUCCAGUCCUGUCUGCCCUGUAUAUAACCUCUUUAUCUUGAGUCCGAGCCUAUGGAAUAACCGCCAUUUAUUUAGCUGGACUGUUAUUUUUACCAUUUCAGUAUGAGCGGAGUGUUAAGUACCAGAGCAGUGAUGUCUGGAAGUGUUGUUGACUGCAUUUUUGAGGAACAAUGCUUAAGGUAGUGAGUAUGUAGUUCCUGUUGGAUCAUGGUUCCAGUCUUAGCUGGUAGUAGCCUGACGGAAUCAUUACUGACAAAGAAAAUAAGAGGACGUACAACCCAGUCUAAACUUCAAGGCUGCAGAAUUUCAGACAAAGACAUACUAUUUCAUGUGUGAACCGGUAAUCAUUGAGCUCCACAUAAAUAUGAUGCAUACAAAGAGCAUGAAUAUUGAUGCCAAGGACUUUGUAAAUGUUGGCUGGUAGUGUAUUUGUUUUGUACUUAUUUAUUUUGUUCUACUUAUAAGAUCAAAAAUACAGACCAGUAACUGUUUAGAUUUUGUAUUUCUCAUACAAUACUACAUGAAAAAAAGUUAAUUUUAUACAAUUAUUUUUGCUUCCCAUUGUUACAGCUGGAUUGACACAAACUGACAUUUGUAUUCCAAGAUUAAACAAUUCAUACAAAA